UCCUUUCUGCUCUGUCCAUGCACAGUUAGCAGCUCAUGAACACAUCACCCAGGCGUGUGUCUGCCCACCCUGUCCAUUCGUGUCCAGCCUAAGCUUCCUGCUCCCAUGUUUUGAGCCCGCUCAGGUCGGAGACAGUUCACCAUGUCCACCGGGUCUCUCAGCGAUGUCGACGACGAGCUCCUGGACGGCAUCCUGAAGUUUGGCUCCUCCGGCAAAGACUCCAACGAGAGCACAGAGGAGAGCUCCAACGGCGAGGGCCCUUGCACAAACGACGACCGGAGAGACGCGCCGGGCAAGAAAAGGAAGACAGCGUCCCGGAAAACGGCACCCAAGGGUGUGGCACAGCAGGAGGGCAAGCAGGUGCAGAGGAACGCGGCCAACGCCCGGGAGAGAGCCAGGAUGCGCGUCCUGUCCAAAGCCUUCUCCCGGCUGAAGACUUCUUUACCCUGGGUACCACCGGACACCAAGCUCUCCAAACUGGACACACUGCGCCUGGCGUCCAGCUACAUCGCGCACCUCCGGCAGAUACUGGCCAACGACAAAUAUGAAAACGGAUAUAUCCACCCUGUUAACCUGACGUGGCCUUUCAUGGUCGCAGGUAAGCCCGAGAACGAUUUGAAGGAGAUGCUGAGCGCAACAAGGUUAUGUGGAACAACGGCGUCUUGAUGCACCCGAAGGGACCCCUCUAUUGGCCAGGUUUUUAAGGGGACAAUGGUUGUCGGAGAAAAAAAAAAAAAACGAAAAAAAAAAAAAAAAA